AGAGAACCCCCAAAACUUCCCAAUCCCUCAAGAAUCGUUAGUAUUUAUACACCCUUACCAUUUCAUUACCAAACUAUCAAUCUUUCACAUCAUUUCUUUUCUCACCAUAUCUUUCCGUACCAAAAACUAAGUCUUGCACUGAAUUUCAAAAUCACGCGUCAAUCGAUAUAAUUAACGUUCAGAUUCAUUUAAUAUUUUCACUAUUAGUUAUCUUAUCUAACGCUCUAGAGACGCGGGUAACUAUACAAACAAGAAUCUAUUGCAAGAGAAAACCAAACAAGGCAAGCAAUGGCAAAAAACCAUCAUCUUCCUCAACUUCAACUCCUCUUCUUUUUCUCUCUCCUCCUCCUAUGUUGUUUUCUUACAGCAAAGUCUCAAUCCUUCCUAGGAAUAAACUACGGCGAGGUGGCGGACAACCUUCCGCCACCAGAAACAACAGCAAAGCUAUUGAAAUCGACGCCGUUUUCGAAAGUAAGGCUUUAUGGAGCUGAUCCUGCUAUUAUAAAGGCACUUGCUAAUACUGGUAUUGGCAUUGUUAUUGGUGCUGCUAAUGGUGAUAUUCCUGCUCUUGCUUCUGAUCCUAGUCAUGCCACUCAAUGGAUUAACUCUAAUGUCUUGGCUUUUCCUGAUAGUAAGAUCAUCCUUAUUACUGUUGGUAAUGAAGUCAUCUCCUCAGGGGAUCAGAACUUGAUAUCUCAGCUAGUACCAGCAAUGCAGAAUAUACAAGACGCCCUGAAUGCUGCAAAACUAGGGGGGAAGAUACAGGUCUCAACAGUGCAUUCCAUGGCAGUAAUGGGUCAAUCUGAUCCGCCAUCAUCCGGGGCAUUCAACUCAGAAUUGGUAGACUUCAUGAAAAAAUUACUUGAGUUCCAAAAAGAAAACGGGUCCCCAUUUACCAUCAAUCCUUAUCCGUUUUUCGCUUACCAGAGCGACCCAAGGCCCGACACUCUUGCAUUUUGCCUCUUUCAGCCCAAUGCAGGCCGGGUUGACUCAGGAAGUAAUAUCAAGUACACGAACAUGUUUGAUGCCCAGGUUGAUGCAAUACAUUCUGCCCUUAAAGCUAUGGGAUACAAGGACACCGAGAUAGUGGUCGCUGAAACUGGGUGGCCGUACCAUGGGGACAGCAAUGAAGUUGGUCCUAGCAUUGAAAAUGCAAAGGCUUAUAAUGGAGGCCUGAUUUCACACCUCAGAUCUAUGGCUGGGACCCCAUUGAUGCCUGGGAAAUCAGUAGAUACAUACAUCUUUGCUCUCUAUGAUGAGGAUCUGAAGCCCGGUGCAGCUUCUGAGAGGUAUUUUGGUCUUUAUAAGCCCGAUUUGUCCAUGACGUAUGAUCUUGAUCUCUCCAAGAGUAGCAGCCAGUCACCAACAACAACUCCUUCAACAAGUCCAGCGCCAUCAACAACUCCAUCAGCUCCGUCAACAACUCCAUUAGCUCCUUCGAGAACUCCAUCAGCUCCAGUGAUGACUCCAACAGCACCAGUGACUCCGUCUCCAAAAUCAUCUUCAGGAACAUGGUGUGUGCCAAAGAAAGGUGUCUCAGAUGCCCAAUUGAAGGCCAAUCUGGACUAUGCUUGUGGACAUGGUGUUGACUGCAGCAAACUGCAAGCUGGUGGGCCCUGCCAUGAUCCCGACACUGUGGCUUCUCACGCCGCAUAUGCGAUGAAUCUCUUAUAUCAGACGGCUGGCAGGACUCCUGGGAGCUGUGAUUUCUCACAGACAGCAACAGUUACAUCCACUAAUCCUAGUUAUGGUUCUUGUGUUUAUCCUGGUGAUGGGAAGGCCAGACUAUCUUUAGUUGGCAAGGAUAAAGCUCCUGGUACAAGAGUUUCUUUUAGUUGGCACUGGUUUUGGUGGUGUUGUUUAUGAUCAUCUUUCUUCCUUAAAAUUGUAGACCUCCUCUGUCUCAAAGUCUCAGAUGUUGCAUAUUGCUCUCUCUCUCGCCUUUGCCUUGCAGUUCGCAGCGUCGUUCGUCCCCUCAUUCCCAUCGGGGAAGAAUUUACUGCAAAUGUGUACUAUAUGAACUAUCUUGUGACUGAAAUUUCUCCAGCUGCAUAUAUAUAAGUUUAUACUUCUAGUUCUGAACU